GUUUUCCGCAUCCCUUUUCGUCAAAGGGAGCGGGUGGUGGAGAUCAGAGAGUUAAUUUUUUGUUGCCGGAGAUGGAUGCUGAGGUGCCAUUGUUGUCGGAGAAGAGGCCGGCGGCGGCGAUAAGCAAGGAUGUUUUCUUGGCGGAGCUGAAGAAGCUGGCGCGCAUAGCCAUACCCAUGUUGGUGGUCACGGUUUGCCAGCAGAUGGUCAUUUUCGUGUCGACGAUGAUGUUGGGACACAUCAGCGAGCUUUCCCUCUCCGGCGGCGCCGUCGCCACCUCUUUCACCAACGUCACCGGCUUCAGCCUCAUUUUUGGAAUGGCAAGUGCAUUGGAAACGCUUUGUGGGCAAGCAUAUGGGGCUGGGCAAUACCACAAGCUAGGGACUUAUACUUAUGGGGCUAUCAUGUCUCUCACAGUGGUGGCAAUUCCAAUCUCAAUUCUAUGGGUUUUCAUGGACAAAUUUCUAAUCUUUGUAGGCCAAGACCCCCUGAUAUCUGCAGAAGCUGGCAAAUAUUCAGUUUGGCUCAUUUCUGCCAUUUUCCCUUAUGCCAUUCUCCAGUGCCUGGUGCGCUACUUGCAGAUGCAGAGCUUGAUUGUUCCAAUGCUGCUAAGCUCGGCCUUGUCUUUGUGCUUCCAUAUUCCUGUUUGCUGGGCGUUAUCGUUCAGGUCGGGUUUGGGAAGUGCAGGACCCGCCCUGGCAAUUGGCUUGUCCUACUGGUUCAAUGUGAUUCUGCUUGUUGUGUAUGUGAAAUAUUCUUCGUCCUGUGAGAAGUCUCGGGUGUGCUUGUGGAACGAUUCGUUUGCUCGUGUUGGGGAGUUCUUCCGCUUGGCCAUCCCUUCUGCAAGCAUGGCUUGCCUUGAAUGGUGGACUUUUGAAAUUGUCAUCUUGCUUGGUGGUCUCUUGCCAAAUCCUCAAGUUGAGACCUCUGUGCUCUCCAUAUGCCUCAUGAUCUGUUCACUGCAUUUCUACAUCCCGUUUUCCAUUGGAGCUGGAGCUAGCACCAGGAUCUCGAAUGAGCUGGGGGCGGGGAACACGGAUUUAGCGAGAAUGGCGGUGUGGGGGGUGACCAUAAUCGGGAUGAUAGAGCUGGUGGUUGCGGCGGUGGUUCUGAUGUCUCUGAGGAGUGUGGUGGGAUAUGCGUUCAGCAACGAGACAGAGGUGGUGGAUUACAUAAAAAAGAUGAUUCCUCUGGUGAGCCUGAUGCUGGUCUCCGACGGCAUAUCGGGGCUGCUCUCCGGCGUGGCGAGAGGGAGCGGGUGGCAGCAUUUGGGCGCGUAUGUGAACCUCGGGGCGUAUUAUCUUGUCGGAGCUCCGGCGGCCGGAAUGCUGGGUUUUCUGACGAGUCUGAGAGGGAUGGGGCUGUGGAUGGGGUUGAACUUGGCGUCUUUGGUUCAGAAUGUUGUGUUGGCACUCAUCACCAUCUUCACCGACUGGAAAAAACAGGAAUCUAAGGCCCAGGAAAGGCUAUUAAAUGAUAGCCAUCCGCCGGCGGUGGAUAACGGAGGUUGCUGACUCCGGUGAUCGGAAAAUAAAUGUGUGGUUUUGUACUGACAUCUAAUGUUGUGUGUUGAAUUUUGUUGACUUUUUUCUUUAAUAUAUUUAUUAUUUAUAUAAAUAUAUAAAUAUAUUGUAAUGAAAUUACCAUUUUUGAUGCGGUGAUAGAAUUGGAAGCUACUAACCACUUGUUUCUUGA